AUGCUCGUGGUGUUCAAGUCUGCUCCCAUCCUGAAGAGGGCGCUCAAGGUCAAACAGGCCAUGAUGCAGCUCUACGUCCUCAAACUCCUCAAGAUACAGACCAAGUAUCUGGGCCGCCAGUGGAGAAAGAGUAACAUGAAAACCAUGUCUGCCAUCUACCAGAAAGUCAGACAUCGGCUCAAUGACGACUGGGCGUAUGGGAAUGAUAUCGAUGCUCGGCCGUGGGAUUUCCAGGCGGAGGAGUGCGCACUACGCGAGAGCAUUGAGAAAUUCAAUAUGCGUCGUUACGAUAAGAAUCAGAACAGUGAGUUUACACCAGUAGACAACUGCCUUCAAAGCGUUUUAGGCCAGCGCGUCGACUUGCCCGAAGACUUCCAUUACAGCUAUGAGAUGUGGCUUGAAAGAGAGGUUUUCUCCCAACCUAUUCAGUGGGAAGGUCUGCUACAAGCCCAGUGAUCCUGUUGUGAUUAUUAUGGGACUUUUGUUUCUUAUUAAACCGACACAAUUACUGUGGAAUCACGCAAAUACUCAAAGCACUGAGGGUCUGCCGUUCCUGUUCUGUAAUGAAUUCUUGUAAAUCGAGAUGUGUAUAUAUGUGAAUAUGGAAUGGUGGUCUUCCUUAUUCUGUGUAAAAGCAUCUGGUGCUUUGGGUAAAAAUACAAAUAUAUCUGUAUAUGGAAUGAUAUCUUCUCUAAUAACUGAAGCACAAUUUAUGUAUAAUAACUGCACAAUACAGUAUUCUAACAUAUAUACUAUUCUGAAAUGAUCAAGAUUUAUUUAUAUGGUCACUCACUGUGUUUAACUGUGGAAAUGUUUAAUAUUUAUGUAAAUAUGAGCACUUCAUGAGGUUAUGAGGUAGCACCUGUGGCAGGGUCUUUCUCAAAAAGUGCUUGUGUGGAGUUGAUGUGUUAAAAAUUCAUUUAUUUAUUUAUUUUUCCCUGUAGCAUCAUGUGUUAAACAGGAGGGUGUCUAUGUUCUCGAGAAAGCAGCGAGUCACCACUUUUUGUCCCCACGUAGCACUGCACAUCACACAAAAGACCCCUGAGCAGCACAAUACACACAUUCACAGUGGCCUUGGUGACUGUACCGUCACCCACACUAAGCAUGUCGCUCACUAAAUGGUGCUGUUUUUUACACGUUUUAUCUCCUUGCUAACUGCGUCAUUCUCUUCUGAGAUUAUAUAAAAAUUUGUGCUCUCUCCAUCAAAACAGUGUCAUAUACGGCACCUCACUGUUCAUUCAUGCUUGUUUUACAGGGUUUGUCUUGCAAUAUAAUUUAUUAUUUUUUAUAUUCUCAUUGUUUUGUACUAAAUUAAGGUGCGGUGUAAAUGAAACUACCUAUGAUGAUCCAUGCCAAAUACAGCACCAUCACUUUUUUUUUUUUUAAUAUGUACACUGAUUUGUUGUACAGACUGCACUGUAAGUGAAUGUGGAAAAUUGAUGUAAGAGUCUUUAAAAAUUAUAAAGAGAGUU